CACUGCUGGGCAUUGACUGGUGGCACUGACUGGCACAACCCCUGGGCACUGACUGGUGGCACUGACUGGCAGCACUGCUGGGCUGCACUGGUGGGUGGCACUGCUGGGCAGCACUGGUGGGUGGGCACAGGUGGGUGGCACUGGUGGGCACAGGUUAGUGGGCACAGGUGGGUGGCACUGCUGGGCACAGGUGGGUGGCACUGCUGGGCACAGGUAGGUGGCACUUCUGGGCACAGGUGGGUGCACUGCUGGGCACAGGUGGGUGCACUGCUGGGCACAGGUGGGUGAUCUGCUGGGCACAGGUGGGCGGAGCUAGUGGGCGCACUGCUGGGCGGAACUUGCGGGUGGCACUGCUGGGCACCGAUCAUCAGGGCACUGAUCAUCAGUGCCCUGAUGAUCGGUGCCGAUCCCCGCCCUGACAACUGCCGGUUCUCGGCAGUACUUUCCUCACGAUCUGACAGUGUGAGGAAAGUGCAGCCGAGAACCGGCACUUGCAU